AUGAUUUCCGGAAUCGCACACAUAAACCUCACGAUCCCCCAGGAUACAUUGGAGCAGGCCAAGGAGUUCUAUGGCACUACUCUCGGUCUCACCUCCGCACCGGUACCGGAGGCCCAGAAGGGGACGAUCCUAUGGUUCAAUAUCGGCUCUAGCGGACAGCAAGUGCACAUUACAUUUGGUACAACCGAUCCAAACUCCUCCCGGCACCCAUGCUUCAAACUUGACUCUCGUGAGGAACUAGAAGAGAUCAAGACCAGUAUAUAUGAUCACCAUUUACGAGGUGGACCUGCAGCUCCAAUGGCUGCUGAUAAGCCCGGUGAGAUGGAUUCUGGCACCCAAGGGAAAGAAUAUCCCACUCGAUUCUUUGCCCGCGAUUUUGGUGGAAAUCUACUUGAGUUCACCUUGUAA